GAAGAAAAUUGUGGAAGUAUAGCAUCGAAAAAAAAGGCAAAAAAUAAAAAUGAGUUAUCCAGUCUUGUUGAGUUUGUGUUUGUUUUUUUUCGCUGAUGGUAUCCCAGCCGAUAACCAAAAUGAAAAAACAUGUAACAUUCACGGCGAUGACCAAAAUGAAGAACGCGAUAAUGUAAACGAAGAACCUUGUGAUAUCCAAGGCGAUGACCGAAUUGCAGAUCAGACAUGUUCCGUCUGUUGGGACAAUUAUCCAGAUACAUCAAUAGGAGUCGUCUGUCCACAUAAAUUUUGUAAAGGUUGUAUUGAUACUUGGAAAUUUAAUAAGAUAAGCUACCGUUGUCCUUUAUGCAAUCAUGUAUACGAUAAUCCUGACAUUCAAGCAGAUGUCAAUGUUAUUAAUCGAGAACUAGCUUUUGAAUUGUUCCAGAAUUUUGAUUAUAUCGUUAGGAAUUCAGAUUAUUAUAGUGAGUAGUAAAAAAAUAAAUACAUACAUUUUUUUAUUAAAAAAUUAAUAUUACAUCAAGUUAAUGGCUAUUUUUUCCUUCAUAAAACUUAAAAAUAAACCGUAACACAGAGGGUUUGUGGUACAGUGUGGAAUUGGCAUUGUUGGGACAAGUUUAGAUGAUAUCUGACAGUGAUUAAAAUCACUAUCAUAAGAAUCGCUAUGGUUCAAAUCUAUCGGCAGAUUUUCAUAGUAAAUUACUCUAUAGAGUAACAUAUGAUAAACUACUUAAUAUCGUUCAAGCCAAGAUGUUAUGUUGUCCCUUUAAUGACUUCCAAAAAUACAAAAUUAAUUUUCAUUAUAACUAAUUUGAGUUUUUUUAUAUAAUAUUACCAUGGUAUAAUGAACAUAAUCAAUUAAAGUAAAAUUGAAGAUAAAAUGUUUUAUAGCAUAUUAAAUUUAAUACCAAAGUUGUCUAUUGAAGAAUCUUACUUAACUAAAAACGGUAGCACAGUGUGGACGGGCAUAGUUAGGACUAGUAUAGAUGACAUCUGACAGUGAUUAAAAUCACUAUCGUAAGAAUCGCUUCGAUGCAAAUCUGUAGAUUUUAAGAAU